GCCGCCCCGCCCCGCCCCACUUUGCAGCUGCUGUUCACGUCCCCACCCCGCUUGCUCGGUCCUUUCUGCACUGUCAUCUGCCCCGGUGAGACUCAACUCCGGAGUGGGGCCGUCCGAAACGCUCCGUACCACAAACCGGACUCCACCCAGCAGGGAGGGAAAGGAAAACAGAUUGGGCUGAACCGCGAGCCUCACCACCACCAGCAGCGGAGCUCCAAGGUCCACCGCUGAAAAACCAUCCAGACUCCGAUGUCGAGCCCAAACAUGGGCAACGUGCAGGAACGGCCAUCGGAGAUCAUUGACCGGGAACGGAAACGGCUGGUAGAUACCUUGCAGGCUGACUCUGGGCUGCUGCUGGACGCGCUGGUGGCCCGUGGUGUGCUCACCGGGCCUGAGUAUGAAGCCUUGGAUGCGCUGCCUGAUGCAGAACGCAGGGUGCGCCGCCUGCUGCUGUUGGUGCAGAGCAAGGGCGAGGCAGCCUGCCAGGAGCUACUGCGCUGUGCCCAGCAUACCGUGCGUGUGCCAGACCCCGCCUGGGAUUGGCAGCACGUGGGGCCUGGCUACCGAGACCGCAGCCAUGACCCUUCAUGCUCGGGCCACUGGACGCCCGAGGUACCCAGUUCAGGGACCACAUGUCCUGGGCUGCCCAGAGCUUCAGAGCAAGAGGAGGUCGGAGGUCCUGAGGGUUCUGAGGCAGUGCAGUCUGUAACUCCAGAGGAGCCAGAACUAGACGCCGAAGCCUCUGAAGGGGAUGAGCCGGACCUAGAACAACAAAUGGAACCGGAGCCAGAGCCAGAGGUAGAACCAGAGCCUGAACUAGAGCCCGAGCCGGAGCCCGAGCCGGAGCCCGAGCCGGAACCCGAGCCGGAACCCGAACCCGAGCCCGAGCCCGAACCCGAGUCUGACUUCCAAGAGGACGAGUCUGAAGAUUCCUGAAGGCCAGAAUCCUGACCUGUACAAAUCCUACCCAAGCUGGGAGCCAGUGAGGAGCCUGCGUUGGCAACUGUUCUACUCCGUGGAAAUCACUAGGCUUGGCAUACUGAGCAAAGGAAGGGGGGUUGCAACCCCCACUUGAUGAGGGAAGUUGUGGAGCUCACACUCUUGAAGGGGGGAACAUGAGAAGAAACUUAAGUUGAGACAGAAGCCACACCUGUCAUUGUAGCUGCUGUGUAAUUAUCUGGCUUUCCUCUGUCGGAGAGCUCAGCGAGGGUCUAACCAGUUACAGACGUACACAAGGAGCUCUGUACAUAUCUAUUAAGUCAAUAAACAAGAACUUCCCAGCA